AUGGGCGAGCGGCGGGACGAGGAGAUCGGCGGGCCGGGAACGGGUUUUCAUCCAGAAUCGGAAGAGUCGAGUUCCCUUUUGCAGACAGCGGUUUCAGUGCUACAGAGCUCCUACUUGGACUCCACAGCUCAAGACGGUUUUCAGUACAGCCAAGCAAUUCUGGUGGAAAAUGAUGUUUUCCUAAGUGAGCUCAAAGCUUUUGCCCAAGCUAAGGAAGCCGCUGGGUACAGCCAGGAGGAGCUGGAGGAGACCUUUGCAUUUCUCCUGUUUGAUAAUGAAGAAGAGGGGAAGGUCAAGGUGGUAUCUGAGAAUUACACAACCAGCUAUACCUGCCCAUCUCCCGGCUACGACUGCCACGUCGCCAUGAGCAGAAACAACAUAACAUCAAAGACCAGCCACUGCCAGGCCUUCGAGCAGAGCCAGUAUUAUGUGUAUGAAGUGUCCGAUGGCAGCACUGCAGAGCGGCCCAGGCAGAUCUGCCCGUACAUAGUCAUCGCCUGCCAGUACAGGGAGCCGAAGGAAAUGCCCGUCUUAGCUAUAGAGAGCCUACCUCAGCUUAACCACAAAGCUUUUUAUGCUUGUGAUCUCACCGUCUGCUGCUUUAUCCCCACAGGCCUCCACCUGGACAUUAACCAUGUCAUGGGUGUGUCCGACUUGAAGAAAAAGCUACCAGAAGCUGCAUUUGGGAAAAGAAACUACAUUGAGAAUGAAGUCUGCUUUCAGGGUGUUUACUUCAGUCUGUAUGAAGUAGAAAUAUCAAAUAAGGAUCAAUAUAAAAUGGAUCGGUUAAUAGAAAAUCUAAAGGAAAAGGACUUGGCAAUCAUCAAGUAUUUACAAGAUCAAGGAGUCCUUAUCCUCCUGACGUCCUCUGCCUUGGCACGAGAUGAUGGAUUCGACCCUAAGGAGCCCGUCAGCCUCCUAGCCCUGUUUCUGUUCACCUCGUCCCGCUCGGUGUGCCUGAGAGAGGCUGAUCGUAAAGUGGACUUCUCUUCAGCGGUGCCACCGAGCCCUAUUCCUGCCAACACAGCAGGGGAAAUAAAAGUCAAAAGUGAAAACCCAAAGCCCUCAGCGUGGCUGGACCAAAGUGGUGAAGGGCCCACAAAAGACGUCAACUUGGCUAGCAAGCUAUGGGUGCAGCAGAGCAGGAGGAAAUCCAGCCGAGCCGUCGUGACCAGAACCAGGAAGAAAUGGUCACCCCUCAAGAUGCAAAUGCAUCCUAUGGGGGACAGUGGCAGGAACAGGAAAGCAACCAAGAAGAAGAAAAUUAGCAUUGCUCUCUCUUUUCCUAAAAAGCCAGGGCUCACGGCCAAUUCCAACGAGCCCAUGCUUAAAUUAGCCAAUUUGCAGUUUCCGCACAGAAGGAAAAGAGGUGCGGAGGUCCUGUCUGCAGAAUUUGUACACAAAACACAGUCUGAACCUGUUCGGAAGGAAACCUCAGCUCCCGACGAUCCUGGCUUGGAAACAAAGAGACCAAAGACACUGAAGAACCCAGACAUGAAAAAAGUUCCUGUUGCUGAGACUGUCACGAAGUCAGUGAAAAAGUGGAAGGAGCCAUUCUCUGUCCCCCCGAGCGAAGUUUCUUCCCAAUACCACGGAGCCGAUAGCCAAACGAGUGAGAGCCAAAUGAGUGAGAUUUACCCAGGCGGCGUUGCUGAUCUCGGUUUCGAUCUAAAGGGGAACGACUACGAGUCCCACGCCUUGAACUUGCUGGCUGAUCUGGCUCUGGGCUCUUGUAUCCCUUCAUUUAUCCCCAGGGACAGCGAGGUGAUCUCUGUGUCCUGCAGCCCCUCCAGCGACUCUGCAAAGGAGCAGCAGAGUCAUCGCAAGCACAAAUCCUUGCGUGUUGCUUCCGACCACGAAUACCACAGGGUAGACAAGCUUGCAAAGGGAGCCACCUCCCCUAGCAAAGCAUCGCCGAACCAGAAGCUUCCUCCUGCUGAAAAAAAAGACUUAAAUGACUUGGCCUCUGUUCCCAGGGAGAAAAGCCCUGGGAUUUUCAGCAAGAAGAACAGUGUGAGCCCCAGCCCCGCAAAACCCCGUGCGUUGCAUCCAAGAGAGACUCAAGAAGCUGCCGAGGUGAACAAGCACUCCUUCAUCUCCGCCGAGCACUCGUACGCCUCGCAGAUGCCUGAGCACUCGAAGAAACACACGUAUCCCAGAGGUGCCCCCUACCCCGGACCAGCACCCGCCAGAAACGGGACCAGGAACGCCCGAGCAGGACUCCUGGUUGGGAAAGUCCUGCCUUUCCGCCACCAGCAGCACAGCACCCACCACCACCGGCCCUUCGAAGCUGUGACAAUGAGGCGCAGGAGCAGCCUGCUCUCCCCUAGGCUGAAGGACAACUUUGCCAAGUCCCACACAGUGAACAUCUGCGGCGAGUCCGUGAAGGUGACGUGCCAUUGGGAGGCAGAGUAUCUCUUCAGUUUGGACAGCAGGUACACCAACGAUGCCCUGGAGAAAACCGUCGUCCGCGCCCUGCACGGGCCCUGGGACCCUGAUCUGCCCGAUGACGUGGAAGAGAUGAAGCUGAUACUUCAUAUGUGGGUGGCUCUCUUCUACAGCAAACCCAGCAAACUCCUAAGCAGCACGAGGAAGGUGGUGGAGCACAGCAACCCCAAGAAGUACGUCUCAAUAAACAGCACUGGGGACUUUCUUGAGCUGAGUGAUGACGGUGAGGAUUGUUUUGGGUUGGAGAUGUGCCCUGCGGACUCUCGGUCAGACCCUGACCAGACUCCCAGCAGCUCUCUGGAUCACAGCACACAUUGUCAGGGACCUUCCUGCCCGGAGGAGAGCCCUGCAGAUUCCCAGACUGAUGCUGAUGGGACUCUCGGUGUUGUCGAUAGUACAGUGUCAUCUUCUUCAGGGGAGCUGCCCUGUGAGGAGGAGGAGCCUUCCUCCACAAGCUGUCCAGAGAGCCUUUCCCCCACUGAAUAUGCUGAUGAGAGCCUGGCUGUGAAAGACAGGCAGCCAGGGGUCAUUCCUGAGGAGCGUGUGCAUGACGUCUCAACCAUCGCUGUGGAGGAGCCGCCCAAGGAGGGACUGCUGGACGCUACGAUUGCCCCCAGCCCUUCCGAUGAGCUCGGCAACGCUGGCAAGCCCCCAGCUGCGCUGGGCAGGGAAAACCCAUGCAACCAAGCCCCAAAUUCCAGUAUAGCUCCCUGGAGCGAUGCACCGAGCGCGCUGCGUGGACGUGGAGAGCAGCCGAAGAGCGGCUCUGUCUGCCUCACGUCUCUUGAUGGAGCAACAGAUCCAGGGGCUGCUCAAGAGGAGCAGGAGGCCAUGGCAAGCAUCCAGUCUCCGUCAGAGAGCGGCCUGGGAGGGAGCAGCAGCCUUUACCAAAGGUGCGGAGGCGAUGUUUAUGCUGACCUCGCUUUGCUGAGCACUGGUGAAUCAAACCAAGAAGGGAACAGGUUUUUGGUGGAAGAACAGCGUAGCAGCCCUUCUGCCAACCAGACAGAUGUGCUGGGUGAGUCGUCGGGAGCAAGUGAUGGCCAGGGCUUCGCCUUCGAUGGUGCAGCCUUAGCAGGUGACUCUGGAGCUGGGGAGGGUGAUGAUGUGUGCCUUGGUGCAGAGAAUUCCCCCGGGAGCGAUGAAACGAACACAGGGAUGGUGACUAACCCACCGCAGGAGCCAGCAACCUUUCUUCAUGACCUGCUGGAAUCAAAGCCCUCCUCCUCGGUGAGAGAGGGGAUGUCUGCCCUGAAGGAGCAUCCCAGGCAGCAACAGAGCUCCCCAGACAGCCUGUCCCCGCCUGCCCACGCACGCUUGGCUCCAGCUUCUCCCCCCCAGCAGGACCCUCUCCCCUGCGGCGGAGAUGCAGACCCCCACCACCACUUGUUAGAGCAAAGGGAGUGGGGGCCAGUUCUGUGCCAACACGGGAAGUCCUGCGAGCAAGUCGGUGCUGCAGAGGUGAGUGUGGCUGCCGAGAGCCCGGACGGCUCCUUAAAGCCCAGGUGUGCAGAAGAGGUGAAAAAAGACAUGGGUCCGUGCUGUGCAGAGCCGGCAGAGAGCUCCCCCGUGGAUGUGCUUGUGCCGCCGGGUGAUCUGGGAUCAAUGCCUCCUUCUCCUCCCCAUGGUCACAAGGCAGGUCUGCACAGCGCUGAGCGGGACUCAGGCCUCGGUGUGCACCCCAAGACGCUCUGUCCUGGCACGAGUCCGGCUCCAGGCGGUGCCCUGUGGUCCUGCUGCGUGGGCACCUGCCCCAGGUGUGCCAGCCCUGGGGGCCAAGCAGUGGAUGCGGUAGGGAGCCACGAGAAGGAACCCAUCCUGCCUGAGGAUUCAGGAGGAAGCAGCAUCCCUCUUGCCAGUCCUACAUCUUUUUCAGCAGGGGAGUUGCUCAUGCCACUGCGCGAGCCCCAGUCUGUGUGUGACUGGGGCGAGCACGAGGCCGAGGGAUCCGACGUGUUUGCUGAUCUGCACCAUGCCAGCGUGGAGGUGGGAGAGGGAGAAAUCCCCGCUCUCCCCUCCCCGAUGUUGCCGUUACGUGCGCAUGGGUGGCUCUCUGGAGAAAGCUUGGAGCUUAGUGACGCUGAAGAUAUUUCGAACGUGCUCCCGAGGGCAAAGCAGCUCCCCAGCAAAGACAGACGCGUGGGCUUGACCUUUGAAGAUCUGUUUGAGACCUUCUCCGGCGACUCAGACCAGGAGUAUUUUGGGGGGACUUCACGGAGUUUCUACAGCACGAGAUCUGUGGAUGCUGCGGGCACAAGGACUAACUGCGACUCCUCCUCCACAAGCUCAGCGCGCGCGGAGGGGCGCAGGGAGGACUGGGGCUCGCUGGGCACGGAGUGGGGCCGCUCACGGGCUGAGCGCGGCUGGCCCAGCGGCCCGGGGGAAACCAGCAGCGGGCACGUUCCACCGUACGUCAGUAUUAGGGACGGCCAGGGGAUCGCCAAGAACUACCGGAACUUCGUGGUCACCAAAAAGUGCCAGGAGAGGAUGGGAAAUUCGCAGCCUUCAAAGAGUUGCAGCCGCUGUGCGGAGCAGUCUCAUUUGUUGAGGUCACUGAUGGGGACUUGGAGGGGUUUUGAGGAAAUCACUCAGCACACUUUGGACAUGGAGUGUCUUCGUUUCCAUUAUAAGCUAAAACAAAUCCUAAGGAGUGGGAAACCAGCCUUUUCUACCUCCAAAAGCAUCUUUCCAAAAGACUUAUCUCCCCAGGUGAUGUUUAAGACAUCGCCUGUGCGAGAAGCUCCCAUCCCACUUUCCCCGAGGAGCAGGAGCCCUUUGCAGGUGACAGUCCUGCCCUCCGACACACGGCUGAGCGGGCUCGGCUGGCACCGGCGAAGCGGCUGGCAUGGGGACCCGUGUAGCCCGUGGCAGGACACCCUCCGCGACGAGAAGAGCAGGGCCAGAUCCCAGCGCCAGGGCCGCACGGCUCCCUUCCACCUCAGCAAGCUCAAAUACAAUAACGAGCUGCAGCACUCGCAGGGGGACAUCGCUGUCAUCCUCGACGAGUACGCCGAGUUCAACAGGGUGAUGCUGAGCAGGGCUGAGGCGGGGAGCGAGGGCAGAGGGCCGGUCCCGGCACACGGGGAGGCGGCGAGCAAGUGGCCGUGCACGUCCCUACCUGGGAGGAUGGCCGCCUUCGAGAUGAUCGCGGACCUGUGCAGCACGCUGCGUUUCCGCCUGCGCAGCGUGGCCAAGGAGGCCUGCAGCCACGCCGGCAUGUUCUACCUGGUGGAGACGGGCAAGGACCCUUUCUUUGCAAGCGUGAAGACCUUGCUGAAGAAAGACGGCCGCAUGGAGAUCGAGCCUCUGAGCUUCUGCAAAGCGAAGUGCCCGGGUGCUGACAGGCUGCUCGUCGUCAUCAGGAACGAGGACAUUUCCUCGCACAUCCACAACGUCCCGUGCUUGCUGGAGCUAAAGCACCGUCCGAACGUGGUGUUUGCCGGAGUGGACAGCCCCGAAGAUAUAACGGGUCGCAUGUACCAGGAGCUGUUUCAUACCGGUGGCUUCGUGGUGUCGGACACCGAGCUGUUGGAAACGGUAACGCUGGGCCAACUGAAAGAGGUGGUGAAGGUGCUGGAGAAGCUGAACAAAAGCGGGAGGUGGAAGUGGCUCCUUCACUACAAGGAGAGCAAGAAGCUCAGAGAAGGUGUCAGGGCGGACGCCAGCGCUCGCAAGAAGCACUUGAUCCUCAGGUCGUGCCAAGGAGCCGAUCUCAUCGAGGUGCUGCGCUACCACGCCUGCGACUCCGGGGCGUCCCCCAGAUCCCAGUACGUCGAGUGCUUGUUGAACCUGCAGGUUGAGCGCGUCGGCGCCAGGUUCGCUGUGUAUCUCACAGAAAAGCCCAGCGCCAGCAGGGAGGUCCUUGAAAGCAAAGGAAUCCUCGUGGCCGACGUCAACACCUUCCUUGGGACGGUGCAGAAAGCGGCUGCCCCGUUUAGAAGAAGCUACUGGUAA